AUGGCAUCAUAUCUUCCGGAAGAAUGGGUAGACGACGUAAAAAUGAACGGGUUAAUGUCCGUUAUGAAGGUUAGAAUCUCACACGAGUUUCAAAACACAACUAUAUUUCAGGAAAGAAUUGUGAACAAAGCCGAUUACGACAGAAAGAUGCGAUUCUGGACGGAUACCAUUAGGUCCAGUUGUAUUGGUGAGAAAAAUGCAGUCUUCGAUAUUCUAACACUGAAGAAACGAUUUCGUCGGAAGGAUAAAAUUCCGGCGAGUUUGAAUGUUGUGCUGGACAAUUUGAAGAAGCAAGGUGAUGUGAUCACUGUUGGAGAAUGGCGAGAUCGUCACUCCGGAUGGGUUGGAUGGGGAAUCUCCAAAACGCGAGGAUGGAUGUUCGGUGGUUCUUCUGACUAUGAGCAACUUCUUCAUCUUCCAACUGUCAAGACCUUGGGCCAGGAGCUUCUCACUAUUUAUAACGACGAGUUACGCUCAGAAGUAGAUUGCACUGGCGAAGUGGUUACCUAUAAGGAGAUGUUCGAAAGAGCGAAACAUAUCAUAUCGACAUCGGAAACGUUCGACAUUGUCUUGGAUCACUUGUCUGACACCGGGGAAGUAACGGUGGGAAACACAAAAAAUGGCGAGAAAGUUCUUAAGUUCAAAGACCAUGGCAGCGAGGACCCUGUAAAGUUCACCGAAGCGGAUGCUAGCGUUGUUGAUAUCCGUAAGGCAAUGACUAAAUUAGAUCGCGAAAUCCAACAACUCGAGCAAAAAGUUAAGAAGUACGAUGAACAGUGCAGAUCCUGUUUGAGAGCAGGAGAUAAAGGUCGUGCACAAAAUUUUUUGCGACAGAAAAAACGGGCUGAAAAGGAUGUGGCGGACAAGGAUAUGCAAUAUCAAAAGCUUCUAACAAUGCUUCAUCAAAUUUCCGCUGCCAAAAACAACAAGGAUGUUCUGAAAGCAUAUCAAUCGGGUACUGCAGCUUUCAAGGCUACAUUGGCAAGGCAAGGAUUGUCCCCAGACAAGAUUCAUGAGACCAUGGACGAUGUCGUGAAUUCUAUCGACGAAUACAGAGAAAUUGAAGAAGCAAUUUCUUCACCAUUUGCCGGCGCUAGCAGUCUCAACGAUACUGAGUUGGAAAGAGAGUUGGAUGACUUGCUCAGCGAAAGCAAGAGAGAUGAUUCCAUGCACUUGCCCGAAGCCCCCACAAACAGAUUCGGUCUAUUCGACAAAGAGGUCACUCCGGAAGAAGACCAAUUGGAACAACGUCUAGCAAAAUUGAGACAAGCUGUCUAG